GAACCCGAACCCGAACCCGAACCCGAACCCGAACCCGAACCCGAACCCGAACCCGAACCCGAACCCGAACCCGAACCCGAACCCGAACCCGAACCCGAACCCGAACCCGAACCCGAACCCGAACCCGAACCCGAACCCGAACCCGAACCCGAACCCGAACCCGAACCCGAACCCGAACCCGAACCCGAACCCGAACCCGAACCCGAACCCGAACCCGAACCCGAACCCGAACCCGAACCCGAACCCGAACCCGAACCCGAACCCGAACCCGAACCCGAACCCGAACCCGAACCCGAACCCGAACCCGAACCCGAACCCGAACCCGAACCCGAACCCGAACCCGAACCCGAACCCGAACCCGAACCCGAACCCGAACCCGAACCCGAACCCGAACCCGAACCCGAACCCGAACCCGAACCCGAACCCGAACCCGAACCCGAACCCGAACCCGAACCCGAACCCGAACCCGAACCCGAACCCGAACCCGAACCCGAACCCGAACCCGAACCCGAACCCGAACCCGAACCCGAACCCGAACCCGAACCCGAACCCGAACCCGAACCCGAACCCGAACCCGAACCCGAACCCGAACCCGAACCCGAACCCGAACCCGAACCCGAACCCGAACCCGAACCCGAACCCGAACCCGAACCCGAACCCGAACCCGAACCCGAACCCGAACCCGAACCCGAACCCGAACCCGAACCCGAACCCGAACCCGAACCCGAACCCGAACCCGAACCCGAACCCGAACCCGAACCCGAACCCGAACCCGAACCCGAACCCGAACCCGAACCCGAACCCGAACCCGAACCCGAACCCGAACCCGAACCCGAACCCGAACCCGAACCCGAACCCGAACCCGAACCCGAACCCGAACCCGAACCCGAACCCGAACCCGAACCCGAACCCGAACCCGAACCCGAACCCGAACCCGAACCCGAACCCGAACCCGAACCCGAACCCGAACCCGAACCCGAACCCGAACCCGAACCCGAACCCGAACCCGAACCCGAACCCGAACCCGAACCCGAACCCGAACCCGAACCCGAACCCGAACCCGAACCCGAACCCGAACCCGAACCCGAACCCGAACCCGAACCCGAACCCGAACCCGAACCCGAACCCGAACCCGAACCCGAACCCGAACCCGAACCCGAACCCGAACCCGAACCCGAACCCGAACCCGAACCCGAACCCGAACCCGAACCCGAACCCGAACCCGAACCCGAACCCGAACCCGAACCCGAACCCGAACCCGAACCCGAACCCGAACCCGAACCCGAACCCGAACCCGAACCCGAACCCGAACCCGAACCCGAACCCGAACCCGAACCCGAACCCGAACCCGAACCCGAACCCGAACCCGAACCCGAACCCGAACCCGAACCCGAACCCGAACCCGAACCCGAACCCGAACCCGAACCCGAACCCGAACCCGAACCCGAACCCGAACCCGAACCCGAACCCGAACCCGAACCCGAACCCGAACCCGAACCCGAACCCGAACCCGAACCCGAACCCGAACCCGAACCCGAACCCGAACCCGAACCCGAACCCGAACCCGAACCCGAACCCGAACCCGAACCCGAACCCGAACCCGAACCCGAACCCGAACCCGAACCCGAACCCGAACCCGAACCCGAACCCGAACCCGAACCCGAACCCGAACCCGAACCCGAACCCGAACCCGAACCCGAACCCGAACCCGAACCCGAACCCGAACCCGAACCCGAACCCGAACCCGAACCCGAACCCGAACCCGAACCCGAACCCGAACCCGAACCCGAACCCGAACCCGAACCCGAACCCGAACCCGAACCCGAACCCGAACCCGAACCCGAACCCGAACCCGAACCCGAACCCGAACCCGAACCCGAACCCGAACCCGAACCCGAACCCGAACCCGAACCCGAACCCGAACCCGAACCCGAACCCGAACCCGAACCCGAACCCGAACCCGAACCCGAACCCGAACCCGAACCCGAACCCGAACCCGAACCCGAACCCGAACCCGAACCCGAACCCGAACCCGAACCCGAACCCGAACCCGAACCCGAACCCGAACCCGAACCCGAACCCGAACCCGAACCCGAACCCGAACCCGAACCCGAACCCGAACCCGAACCCGAACCCGAACCCGAACCCGAACCCGAACCCGAACCCGAACCCGAACCCGAACCCGAACCCGAACCCGAACCCGAACCCGAACCCGAACCCGAACCCGAACCCGAACCCGAACCCGAACCCGAACCCGAACCCGAACCCGAACCCGAACCCGAACCCGAACCCGAACCCGAACCCGAACCCGAACCCGAACCCGAACCCGAACCCGAACCCGAACCCGAACCCGAACCCGAACCCGAACCCGAACCCGAACCCGAACCCGAACCCGAACCCGAACCCGAACCCGAACCCGAACCCGAACCCGAACCC